AUGAGCAAACCAGGACUAUCAUUCGGACUGAACCUCUCCAAAAAGCCUGGCGCGUCUAAGUCGGCCGCGCCAAAACGGAAAACAGCAUUCGGCGGCGGCGACGACUCAGACGACGAUGCAACAAAUAAAGCGAACAAAGUCGAGACGCUCGACGAGCUAGGCGGCUUCGAUCUUCCAUCCUCAACCUCGAGAUCAGAAAACGGCAGAAGAUCCAAGACGAAGAAUCCCUUGCCGCCGGCGCAUCCGCCUGAAGGGAAAGCGAAGAAACAGGAAAGCGCAAUGUUUGGCGACCUCUCGAGCAGCCUCGCGUCCCGCAAACACGCCGAGAAGGCGGAGGAGCUGGACCCCAGCGUGUACGACUACGACGGGGUGUACGAUUCGUUCAAGCCGGCGAAGAAGGAGACGAAGGAGGACGUGGAGAGGAAGCCCAAGUACAUGAGCAGCCUGCUGGCGGCGGCGUCGGUGCGGAAGCGGGAUGCGCUGAUUGCUGAGGAGAAGAAGAUUGCGAGGGAGCGCGAGGCAGAGGGGGAGGAGUACGCCGACAAGGAGAAGUUCGUCACGGAGGCGUAUAAGAAGCAGCAGGAGGAGAACAGGCGGAUUGAGGAGGAGGAGAAGAGGCGAGAGGAGGAGGAGGCGAAGAAGAACAAGACGGGGGGCAUGAGCGCGUUCUACAAGAACAUGCUGAACAAGGGCGAGGAGAGGCAUGCCGAGGUCCUCAAGGCUGCGGAGGAGAAGGCCAAGGCCGGUCCUGCCGGGGCCGAGAAGGAGGAGGAGGAUGGGCCGAAAGAGAAGACCGAGGCCGACAUGGCGCGAGAGAUCAACGAGAAGGGCGGCUCGGUUGCCGUCAACGAGGAGGGGCAGGUCGUGGACAAGCGGCAGCUGCUCAGGGGCGGCCUCAACGUCGGCGCGAAGAAGGAGGCACAGGUCAGACAGGAGGCGGCGCGACCGCGGGAAGCCAGACCGGAUCGCGGCAGCGGGUCGGGCUUCGUCGGCUCCGGGGGCAAGGGCGCGAUGCGCGAGCGGCAGACGCGGAUGAUGGAGGCGCAGUUGGAGGCGGCGCUCAAGAGGUCACGGGAGGAAGAGGAGAAGGAGAAGGAAAAGGUGGAGAGGGCCACGAAGACGAGGAAGACGGACGGGGAGAUUUCAAGCGCAAGGGAGCGUUACCUUGCGAGAAAGCGGGAGGCGGAGGUGGCGAAGGCGAAGGGGCUGGCGGAGCAGUAG